AUGACCGCAAUCAGCCCUUCCCAGGACACUAGACGCUCUCCCUCAAGACUCGACCCUUCAAGCCAAUCGGAGGCUUUGGCAUUAAUUUCAAAAUAUGCUGCUCAUACCAAUGAAACUACCCGAGCAAGAGUGGAAUCCGGAGAAAUCACCAUCGGGGAUAUUCUUCAGGCUGGGCUGGAUGAACUCGAUCGGCAACCAACACAAACCACAUUAGCUCGUGCAGAAAGUCCCUCAAAUCGAUCGUGGAUCCCUGGUCCACGGACGGACAAAAUUCUGGUUCCAAAUAACAGCAUGCAGGUGCAUUCUCAUUCACUACCAGACAUUUACGCUAAUAAUUUCCGCUGGAAGCAAUUCUCUACCGUGGCUGCAAUUCGAGCAAAUGCUGAAUCUAUUGGAUUAACUUUUGAAGAGAUCACCCAUCCUAAAUCGAUAUCACCAUUCUACCACCCUAGCGCUCUUGCAAAAGACCAAUACCAGAUUAUUUGCUCAGCUGGGUUUCAAGGGAUAAAGCCACAUCUACGACCAACCGAGACACAGUUGAGCUAUCCUCAUCAUCCUUGGCUCGAUAUUUUCCCGUGUCCCAUUUUCCGCGACAGAUAUAUUCGCCUGGUAGCUAUGGGCUCCUCAGUAUUCAACGCCGACGAGUUCUGCAUGGACCUCCAGAACGGUGGCCUCAUUUGUUGGGGUUCGCACUCGGGGGGAGAGGCACGACGCGAGUGGAUCAGGAGCACCUUGGGAUAUGCGAAGCUGGGAGGCUCAACCUUGGUUUCUUAA